AUGGAGGGAGGGGCUGACGCGUGGGCCCGGGCGCGCGGGGAGGGGUGGUGUGCUGCUGACAGCGUCGACGAGGCGCGGCGCGCCGCGAAGCGCGAUGAGAGGCCAAGGCUGGACCUUGCCGACCUCAUCACCGUGGAAAGCGAAAACCUCAGAGUGAUCACCGUGUGGGGAACAGGCGGCGACCUCAGGCAAACGUCCAUCAUCAACGCGGCCUACGAGAACCCAGGGAUCAAGAACAGGUUCCCAUGCCGGGCGUGGGUACGCGUCACGCGUCCCUUGGAUCCGAACGAGUUCGUCCAGAGCUUGGUGAAGCAGUUCCGGCCGGCCGCCGGGUUUGGCGUUCUGCUGGGGAGGGAGAAGACCGGGCCGGAGCUGGCGGCGGAGUUCGCCGGAUAUGUGAACGAGAAGAGCUACCUGAUUGUGCUUAAUGACCUGAAUGCCUUUGAGGAGUGGAAUGUGAUCAAGACAUGCUUCCCAAACAACAAGAAAGGGAGCCGAAUCAUAGUGGGCACGCCACACGUUGAAGUUGCAAGCCUGUGUGCAGUGCAGGAGAGCCAGGUAUUGGAGCUCAAGCAGUUGUCAGCUGGUCAGACUAUCUAUGCUUUCUGUGACAAGGUACUGUCAAUUUCAUCCUCAGAAUUCAUCUGA